AAUCACUUCUCACUAAAAAAAGAAAUCAUCUCACAAGAACAAGGAAUACUGUCUAUCAAGGAAAGGAAUCAUGAAGACUCUACUCUCACUCUUCUGUCUGGUUACUUACCUGACCUGUGCUCUCAGUCAGCGGCCAGUCUCUCUUGACAUGGCUUGUAAUAAAGCUCUUUCUGCAGUUGCUUGCUCUUUUGAAUUUACCAACAAUGGGAAUGAGGAUCUUUAUCUACUGAAACGUAACACUCCUCUUGAAGGACUCAGAUCUCAAUUUGUCUCUGUCUCUCUUGAUGGCCAUCCAUUGGAAUAUAAAGGUAUGUAUGUGCGUCGUGCCCCUCCUACGAAGAAAAAUUUUGUACUCUUGAAGGCAGGUGAGAGCAUUUCUGCAACAGUCCAAAUCACUGAUAUAUUUAGCAUUGAUACUGAUGGUCUCUACACUGUACAAUACAGUAGACCUUUACAGUAUCUGUCAGUGAAUGAGAUGAGUGCAAUGUCUAUUGAUCAGCUCAGGGAAUCGAUUGUACGUGAAUCUGUUCAACUUUACUUGGAAGACACUUCUGUUCUUUUGAAACCAAAAGUAGAAAAAGUAAAAAUUGAUUACACUGUCCACCUCCAAGACUGUAGCAGUGCUAGUUUCUCUGGUGGGGAUAAACAGAAGAAUGAAACACUGGAGGCUCAUAAGAAGCUCUGCUCUGGAUCUGGUAAAGCUCAAGGUGAAGUUGGCAAUGGUAUUGCUAUAUCCACUACAUGGUUUGGUGUAUAUAGUGCUGACAGGACAAAUACAGCUCGAAAAACAUAUGAAGAUAUAAAAAAUGGACUAGGUAACACUUCUGUAACAUACUACAAUGAUGGCCCUGAUUGUGAAGCUGGUGAUUAUGCGUAUGUAUGGUCAAAUAUUAAAGAUACCGUCUAUCUUUGUGACCUGUACUACAAUUCUCAAACGUUGUGCAGUAAAUCUGCUGAAAGCAAGGAGGGUACCCUGCUUCAUGAAUGGUCUCAUAGUUUUGCCGGUCGCAUUGACUACAGCUCUGGAGGUACUGACUACUAUGGUCGUGACUUGUGCAAGCAGUUAGCUAGAGAUGAUCCUGAUAAUGCAGUCAAGAAUGCUGAUAAUUAUGCGUAUCACUAUUGUGAUGCUCAGUAAUGGAGCUCAUCAGCUAAAAGCCAAGAACUUCAGGACUCAUGCAACACUAUAGGACAUG